AUGGGCCUGCCGCCUAGCCUCUUCCCCAAGGACGUCAAAUUGUACAGCUUCUCGGGUUCGGGCCUCCCCCAAGUAUACCUGUACGGCCCGCGCAUCACCAAAUUUGGCACCAUUGCCUUAUAUGGGAGUGAGCUGUGCGCUAAUCUCACCUACGACAGCCUAUCACAGGAAGAGCUCUUUCUAUGGCUCCCCGUCAAGGACAUAAUCGCCAAUGACCCCACCUCCAGUUUGAUCCUCUUUGAUAUCGGACUAGCUCACAAGCAGCUCUCCAUUUCCCUCUUCGUGGAUCCGCCCGAUUGCUCCGCCAAGGGUCAAUUAAUUUCCUGCAUUUAA